GUGCUAAGAAACUGUCAAGGCAAGAGGCAUGUGAUACACAGGGAAAGGCACAGUAAAGUGUAUUAGUGGAAAAUGGUAUGCAGAAGAAGUAUUUAUUAAGACAUCCACAGCAAAAUUGUAAAAGUAAAACAAAAAAUAAAGCAUAAAGCACACUAUAAAAACUUAAAAACCAUAAAAUAAUUCCAUAUUUAGGUUAACCAGUUUUAAACAUUGUUGGAUAUGGCGCUGACUGAAACUGUUCUUCCAUCAUUUAACACUCUGAGAAACUUCUCUGACUAUCAGCAGAAACCAUCUGAAAUCCUGCAGUGGUGGAAGACAGAUGAAAGAGAAAAGAACUUAUGCCCUGAGGACCAGAACUGCUCAUCCAUUGACUUCUGUCAAGCAUUCAACCCCAUGCCAGUAAAAAAAGAGGAGGACGAUUCCUACUGGGAUGUUGAUUUCUUUCUUUCUAAUUUCUCCAGCUCUGAGUCCCAUGUUAAAGGACUCGUGGUACCCGGGCACACUGCUGCUGAGAAGACACCUGAGAAUGCUGGCAGCAUGCUAGAAAGAGAUGUGUAUCAGAAUCCAGAAAGCUGUGACCAUCAAAGCACCGACUAUCAUCUCCUGGCACCAGCUGGUACUGCCAGUCUAAUGGCAGAGCUACUGUCGUAUGAAGUGCCUUCAUGUUAUGCCACUCAGCAACAGACCUAUAGGCAACCAAGCAAAUGCUGCCUGGAUCCAGGCAACUCUGAGCAUAAUAGUUCAAAUGAAGACCUAGAACUUUUUGGAGGGCCACUGAAUUUCUUUUCAUGUACAGCUGAAAUGGAAGCCCAAAAGCAAACUUGUGGACCUAAAUCUGAGUCCUCCUUGGACAAUAUUAGCCAAAUUAUGGACCAGGUACCCCCAUCUGUGAAGAACCCAUCCCACAUUCCAUACAGUGACUGUUUUCGUCCACAUCCCCAGAAAUCGUCAGCAUUGCUUGCUACCUCUGGAAUCAUGGCAGAAUCCAGUCUAAGAAGCAGCCAUUUCUAUCCAUUUCAACUGACAGAACAACAGUAUCCAUAUAGUCUGGUCAGUGGAUGUCAGGGAUUCUACCAAAGUACAUUCCAGAACCAGUAUCAGGGCAACUUUGAGUUGUAUAGACCAGGGCCUGGGGUGGUGCUUUCUUGCUCUUCAUCUCAUGUCCUGCUGCCUCCCAGCAUUACAGAGGAGGUUAAGCCGAAGAAAGGCAGAAAGUCUUGGUCCCGUAAGCGAGUAGCUAGCCACAGCUGUGAGCAUCCAGGAUGUGGGAAGAUGUACACCAAGAGUUCACACCUGAAAGCUCACCUCCGUACACACACAGGGGAGAAACCAUAUCACUGCAGUUGGGAAGGCUGUGGAUGGAAAUUUGCACGAUCAGAUGAACUAACUCGUCACUUCCGCAAGCAUACAGGGCACCGUCCAUUUAAAUGCCAGCUAUGCCAACGGGCCUUCUCCCGGUCAGAUCAUCUUACAUUGCAUAUGAAGAGACACAUGUAAAGCCACCACCUGGAACUAUUGCAUGUCACAAGCACUCCUACUACUUGUCCUGACAUUAGGAUGGCAAAAUUGUAUGUGGAGUGGGGAAUUCUGAUUGAAAGAUAGCAAUACAGAGGGUUAUACUGGUAAUUUGAAAGCUUUCUGUACAAAAGAAUAUUUAGGAUUUGAUAGUAAAUGUGUUAGUAGAAGAUAAUCAGUUCUGUAACAUUUGUCAACGUGCAUAAAAGCACUUGUCUUUUCCCCUUGCCCACCUACUAGGUCUACAAAUACUGGUGAAGCUCAAUAUCUUAUCAUAUCCUAAUGCACUAAUGGUUCCUUUAAGGUAAAUUAAUGAUGUGCAGGAGAUGUUAGUACCAGUCUCUCAUCAUUUAUAAAAGAACUGCUGUUUUUAUUGGGUAUGAAGCAGAGGCCCGUGGUUGAGGAGACAGAAGGGUAAUACAGAUGGGUGCACAUACACAUAUAAACAUUAACACAAAGUCAUGCACAGCUGUGCCUGUAUGUGCAUGCACACACACACACACACACACACACACACACACACACACACACACACACACACA